AGGGGAGCGCGGCCAGGGGGACGGAAGGAGGGCUGGAGGCCCGGGGCAGGCUGGCGGUGUCACUCUCUGCCUUGCUCUUUCUCCCCUUGCUUGGCGACGGCGGGGGGAGAGGAGGGGAGGAGUUUUGCCCGCAGCUGAGCCAGGAGAGAGAAGCCGGUGGCGGCGGUGGAGUGGCGAAGCCCCCAGCAGACGGAGAGCCGAGAGCCGCGCGGAAGGAAGGAGCGCGUAAACAAGGCGGGGAGAGGCCGUGCCGGCGCCGGGAAGAGGCUGCGGGGGGCCAUGGCGGAGGAGGCCGCCCGGCGGCGCAGCGCCUCCGCCAAGGAGGGGGCGGCCCGGGAGCCCCCCGGCGCCGCCAGCGUCGCCCUCAAGAAGGAGAUCGGCUUGCUCAGCGCCUGCGGCAUCAUCGUGGGUAACAUCAUCGGCUCGGGGAUCUUCGUGUCGCCCAAGGGGGUGCUGGAGAACGCCGGCAGCGUGGGGCUGGCGCUGCUCGUGUGGGUCCUCACGGGGCUCGUGACGGCUGUGGGCGCCCUGUGCUACGCCGAGCUGGGCGUCACCAUCCCCAAGUCCGGUGGCGACUAUGCCUACGUCAAGGACAUCUUCGGCGGGCUGGCGGGCUUCCUGCGCCUGUGGAUCGCGGUGCUGGUGAUCUACCCCACGAACCAGGCGGUGAUCGCCCUCACCUUCGCCAACUACGCGCUGCGGCCGCUCUUCGGCGCCUGCGCCGCCCCCGAGCCCGGCCUGCGCCUGCUGGCCGCCGCCUGCCUGCUGCUGCUGACGUGGGUGAACUGCGCCAGCGUGCGCUGGGCCACCCGGGUGCAGGACGUCUUCACCGCCGGCAAGCUGCUCGCCCUCGCCCUCAUCAUCGUUAUGGGCCUCGUCCAGAUCUGCAGGGGCGAGUACUUCUGGCUGGAGCCGCGGCAGGCGUUCGCCUUCUGGCAGCCGCCGGAGGCCGGCCGGGUGGCGCUGGCCUUCCUGCAGGGCUCCUUCGCCUACGCCGGCUGGAACUUCCUCAACUACGUCACCGAGGAGCUCGUCGACCCCUACCGGAACCUGCCCCGCGCCAUCUUCAUCUCCAUGCCGCUGGUGACCUUCAUCUACGUCUUCGCCAACGUGGCCUACGUCACCGCCAUGUCGCCCCAGGAGCUGCUGGACUCCAACGCCGUGGCCGUGACCUUCGGGGAGAAGGUGCUGGGCGCCGUGGCCUGGAUCAUGCCCGUCUCCGUGGCCCUCUCCACCUUCGGCGGCGUCAACGGCUCCCUCUUCACCUCCGCCCGGCUGUUCUACGCAGGGGCGCGUGAGGGGCAGCUGCCGGCGCUGCUGGCCAUGAUCCACGUGGAGCGGCGCACGCCCAUCCCCGCCCUCCUGGUCACCUGCGCCUCGACGCUGCUGAUGCUGGUGACGGGCGACAUCUACACGCUCAUCAACUACGUCGGCUUCGUCAACUACCUGUGGUACGGCGUCACCGUGGCCGGGCUGCUGGUGCUGCGCUGGCGGCAGCCCCACCGCCCGCGCCCCAUACGGGUGAGCGUGCUGUGGCCCGCGCUGUACCUGCUCUUCUGGGCCGCGCUGCUGCUCUUCUCGCUGGCCUCGGAGCCCGUCGUCUGCGGCAUCGGCCUGGGCAUCAUGGCCACCGGCGCCCCCCUGUACUGCCUGGGCGUCCGCCGUGGGCCCCGGCCCCCCGCCCUGCGCCGCGGCCUCGCCUCGCUGACGCGCUUCAGCCAGCGCCUCUGCCGCGUCGUGUACCCCGACAUGGGGGGCGGCGACGACGGCGACGAGCCCCAUGGCGACGGCAAGCCCCAUGGCGACGGCAAGCCCCACGGCGGCAGCGAGCCCCACGGCGGCGACGGUGAUGAGCCCCACGGCGACGAGGCGCCGCCCGCCGACCCCCGCCAGCCCCUCGCCACCCAGCCCCACGCCUGAGCCCCCCCAGGAGGAGCCGUGGGGCUGCCCCACGGCGCCGCCCCACGCCUGAGCCCCGUGGCGCGGCGCUGCCCCACGGCGCUGUCCCGCCAGCCUUGAACUGUUUGAGUGCCUUACGCCCGAGCCCCACAGCUCUGCCCCACGGUGCUGUCCCACAGCAGCUGACCAGCCCUGAGCCCCAUGGCUCUGCCCUACAGCCACUGGCCAGCCUUGAGCCCCACAGCUCUGCCUCCCAGCUCUGCCCCACGGCAGCUGGCCAGCCCUGAGCCCCAUGGCUCUGCCCCACAGCCACCGGCCAGCCUUGAGCCCCAUGGCGCUGCCCUACAGCUCUGCCCCACGGCAGCUGGCCGGCCGCGAGCCCCACGGCUCUGCCCCAUGGCACUGCUCCACGGCCGCCGGCCAUUCUAGAGCCCCACAGCCGCCAGCCAGCCCCAAGCCCCACGGCUCUGCCCCACAGUUCUGCCCCACGGCCGCCAGCCAGCCCCGAGCCCCACGGCGCUGCCCCACAGCCCCCAGGGCUCCUCAGUGCCUUCACGGCAGCCCCACGGCGCCGACCACAGCCUUACGCCUGCCCCACAGCUGUGGGGCACCCCACAUCCCCCUCUGCGCCGUGGGGCAGAGCUGGGAUUCCCCCCCUCCCCCCCCCCGCUGGCGGGGAGGUGCUGAGGGGGCGGGGCCAGCGCGAGGGGGCGGGGCCCGGGGAGGAGCUGGUGUGUGGCCACGCCCCCGCUGCGUGGCCCUAGAGGCCGAGGCUCCGCCCCCCCGGCGCCGGGCCCCGCCCCCUGGAGGUGAGGUAACGCCCCCACCGCGGGCAUGGGGCUGCCCUCUGCCGGCCCUGUCCUGCCCCACACCCUGCCCCACAGCCCCUGAUCCUGCCCCCUAACGCCCUUCUGCUGCCCCACAGCCUGCCCCCUAGCACCCCUGUCCUGCCCCACGGCUCGACUUCCCUGCCCCACAGCCCCAGUCCUGCCCUCUAGCGCCCUUCUACUGCCCCACAGUCCCACAUCCUGCCUCCCAGUGCCCCACAUCCUGCCCCACAGCUGCUCGUUCUGCUUCUUAGCACCCUGUCCUGCCCCACAGCUCCACCAUCUUGCUCCGUAGCCCCUGUCGUGCCCCUAAUGCCCUGGUUCUGCCCCAUAGCCCCCGAUCCCGCCCCACGGCCCCACGUCCUGCGCCGUGAUGCCUUCGUCCUGCCCCACAGCUCCACAUCCUGCUCCACAGCCCCCAUUGUGCCCCCAACACCCUGAUCCUGCCCCACAGCCGCCCAUCCUGCCCCACAGCUCCAGCACCCUGCCCCACAGCCCCCCAUGUCGCCCCCCCACGCUGGGGCCCACCCGUGCUACCCCCCACGCCCUGGUCCUGCCCCCCAUGCUGCCCCCCCCCCCGGUCCUGCCCCACACCCCGCCCCACGGCGCCGUGGGGCAGCGGUGGGGCGGAAGCGCCUCGGCGGGCCGUUUCGGGCCGGAUCCUCCAUAAACGCGGUGUUGGCCGGA